ACCUGACAGACCGUACUCAGGGCAAACACGCCCGUAAAGGGACCAGAGAAGCGAACGACACUUCCUGGUUGGAUGGACCAGACCGUUCAGUUGUCUUCCUUCCCACAAGAGCUAUUUUAGGAUUUAGAUAUUAUCAGACUUGACUCACCGAAACAAUAGCCUGUUUCGAGGUUGUCUCUUCAAACGAAUUAACAAAUUAACACCUCGUCGAAACCGAGGCAGCGGUAAGAGCGUGAACAGCUCCCCGGGUAUCAGCGAGGUUAGCCGGGUCGAGCUAACACGAACACCGUGGCGGCACGGACCGGUGGACCUCAGCUUCGUCUGUUUUAAUAACCCUCAAAAGGCUUGGAGCUACGUGAACUUCAAGAUUUGUCGACUCUAUACGGAGACUGAGAGUAUGCGGUCAGAGCCMCGGGCGGUGUAGGAUGAAGAGCCCGGCGCACCGCAGCAGAGACAUCGAGCGGCAGCCCGGCUACCUGAAGCCCGAGCACUGCGCCCCGCCCCCGCCCCGCAGCGGCCCGGACGCCAUGUGGUUCAUCCGCGACGGCUGCGGCAUCGCGUGCGGCAUCAUCACCUGGCUCCUGGUCUUCUACGCCGAGUUCGUGGUGGUGUUCGUGAUGCUGCUGCCGGCCAAAAACCUGGUCUACAGCCUUUUCAACGGCGUGAUCUUCAACGGCCUCGCCUUCCUCGCUCUGGCCUCUCACGCCAAGGCCAUGUGCACAGACCCGUGUUUGUAAACGCUGCAUCAGAAAGAUGGACCACCACUGUCCCUGGGUGAACAACUGCGUCGGAGAAAACAACCAGAAAUACUUUGUGCUCUUCACUAUGUACAUCGCAUUAAUAUCCCUUCAUGCUUUAAUCAUGGUGGCCUUCCACUUUGUUUUCUGCUUUGAGGCCGACUGGGCAAAGUGCAGCGGCUUCUCUCCGCCAGCAACAGUCAUCCUCCUCAUCCUCCUCAGCUUCGAGGGGCUCCUCUUCCUCAUCUUCACCGCCGUCAUGUUCGGGACUCAGGUCCACUCCAUCUGCAGCGAUGAGACGGGCAUCGAGCAGCUUAAGAAGGAGGAGAGAAGAUGGGUCAAAAAGUCCAAAUGGAUGAACAUGAGGGUGGUGUUCGGCCACCCGUUCUCGAUAGCUUGGCUCAGCCCGUUCGCCACGCCCGACCACGGCAAGGCAGACGUGUACCAGUACAUAGUGUGAACCCRAACCCAUCACGACCUGGACAUGAACUCAUUUUAACCGCUUCCUUUUCUUUUCUACAUGAAUAUUUCAGGGGGUUUUGUUGUUAUGKUUUAUUUUUUAUUUUUCUCGGUGCUGAAUGAGACUAACAAACUGAUGCUGUACAAGAAAAAAAGCUGAGAAACUCGACAAUAAGGAGUAAAAAAUCACACCAGAAGACUGAGCUCUUUACGCUGGAGGAAUAAAWGUCUGCAGUUUGUCUGAUCAUUUCCUUUUUCAUGGUUGAAUAAUGAMGUCCAGAUGUUAUUUUUCUGUUCCAGGAGAUAAAAUCCUGGUUUUGUCUUCCUGUAAAAUUAACAUUUUCUCUCUUAAUUUGAUGUAUUUUUGUGGAUUUUUUUGCUGCAGAUGAUUUGCCUUAGAACAGCUCAUUAGUAGAUUUUAAAUUUUGUUCCUAUUUAUUGCCUUAAAGUGACAGUCCUGGUUAUAACAGGUGAUCGUUGCAACCUUACUUUUGUUUUUUGAUCAGAUUUGUUCAGAUUAUAUUUUAAAAGUUUUAUAAAUUGGUUUGUGAAAUGCUCCACAUUGUUUUGCAUGCUGUAAAAUCACAAUCAAUCACAUAUAAGGAGUUUGACCCCUCCCCCCUUUUUUUAAAGCAAUCCACUAAGAUGAAAUGAUUAGUUUGAAGUCUAACCUGUGAAAUUUUAGAACAGGUUGAGUUCAGUCAAACAGUUUCACUGUCGUCUUCAUUGUUAGUUUGAAUUUUUAGAUUAGGGACAGAAAUCCUGUCGGCUCCACGAGCUGCAUYAAUGAGAUUUUUUAUAAAAGAAAAAAAAAACAAGUGCAGUUUUCUUUUUGUAGUUUCCAGCUUUCUGUGUCCACUCCUCUUUGUCUUAAAAAAAAGCACGACUCUCUCUCUUCUCAGCCGACCGUGUCGUCGUCACAGAAACACCAAGUCAGGACCACGUGAAAUCAAAACUUUUAGUAAAUGUUUGGGAAGAAACACUAAAGGCUGACAUGGGUUAAUUAAGAUGUUAACGGCUCAGACGUCUUGACUUUGCCAAAGUUGUUGUUGUUGAUGAAUCUUUAAGCUGAGCAGGAAGUUCAGAUCUUUUAAAGUUCUGUAGAAAAGCAGUGAAGAGUUAGUAUCUUACCUGCUGUAGRUGGCYUUUUGAACAACRUCAGACGGGGAAACGGACCGAUGAGCUAACUACUACUCUGAGCRGAGCCAGAACCAAAAGGGUUCAUGCGAACACAAAUUUACACGCAUUAGUUUUGCGUUACGCAGUUACAAACUUUAUGGAUAUUUACAAACACAAAUAGCAGCAGCUAGCUGUAGCACUUAUGGAGUCUUCCAUCUGGAAUAUCUUAAUCCUAACUGUGUAAAGAAAUAAAAAWGUUUAUAAAUGUUGUAAAAUCCACCUUGGUCUGGGCUCAGGUUAGCCGUGAACUCGUUAAUCCAGUCAGGAUUAAACUAAUUGAUCUAAACUGCAAAGAGCUAUCUACAGCAGGUAAGAUAUUUAUUGUUCAUAACGGAUCUGAACUGCUAAAAUCAAUCARAACUUAAAUUAUAUCCAUAAAUAUCCCAAGUUUUAUGAUUCUAGUGGUUCACUCAGCAGGUUUUGAUUAUUUGAUGACUGGAAAAUAUUUUUUUUUCUCAGUAAACUUCACCAGCUAAGAGAGGACGGCGAGCCGCUCUGCUCUGAAUCCUCUGACCCGUACUGUAAUUUAAUGGGAUCUGUUCGUAGAUAAUCCAGUUUAUCGUGACAGUUUUGUGCCUGAAAGUUGGAGGAAAACGGUCCUGCAGAAUAAAACGUUGAGUCGCUGUCUGGUCAAAGCAGAACGUUUAAAAAAAAAACUAAAAAGGUUUCGAUUUGAGAGCCAGACGAGCUUCAGAUUGGACCUCAGAGACACUUCAGAGUAUUAAACACUAAAAACGCCUUUGCUUGUGUUUCUUAACGCCUUACUGUAUUAAAAGACAAGAUUCUGGGAGGAAACAUUUGAACAAACUUGUUGCCAAACUGAAUGUUGUAAAGAAUCACGUGGUCUUACAGGCGUUCAAAUGCUUUUAUUUUGAAAAAAAAAAUCAAGUUUUGUGGAAACGCAACAGSUUUAUAAAACCUUUACAGCUUCUGUUUGAAACAAGUUGAAAUUUGACAAAUCUCUUUUUUUAUUGUCUUAAGUGUAAAUGAAUAAAACUGCAUAAACAAACAA